GAGUAGAGUACCGCGAUGAGACUCUGCCGCCCCAAGAGCAACAGAGGACAACAGAGCUCCGCGAUGGGCAUCGAGAGGUACGCGGGACGCGUCGCCAUGGUGACGGGCGCCAGCUCUGGCAUAGGAGCGGCCAUCACGCAGGCGCUGCUCAGGAAGGGGCUCACCGUCGUAGGGCUAGCCAGGAGGGUCGACAGGGUCAAGGCCCUUGCGCUAAAGGACGCCCCUGGCAAGCUUCACGCUAUUCAGUGUGACGUCAGCAAUGAGGAAAGCAUCCUGGCGGCAUUCAAAUGGGUUAAAGGGAACUUAAAAGGUGUCGAUAUCUUGAUUAACAACGCUGGUGUUGGUAAUGACGCUGAUCUGAUUACUGGUAAAACAGAAGACUGGAAGCGUAUUCUGGACGUAAAUGUGCUUGGCUUGAGCAUCUGUACCAGGGAGGCCGUGCAGGACAUGAUGACCAAGGGCAUCGACGACGGCGUCAUUAUCCACAUCAGCAGUGAUCUGGGCCACAUGUCGCCUCCCGCCGGCAACAUCGCAAUGUAUAUUGCCAGCAAGCACAUGGUCAAGACGCUGCUCGACGGACUGCGGAAGGACCUCGCUAAGAAGAAGAGCAAGAUACGCGUUGGCGAAAUUUCUCCGGGACCUGUCAAAACGGAGUUCGCCUCAAACUUCAAACAAUUCAAUCCGGAGAUGUUGAAGCUGAUACCCCUCCAUGAGUCGGAGGACGUAGCGGAGAUCGUCAUCUGCAUGCUGUCUCAGGAUCCGCGACUCCAGGUUCAUGAUGUCAUCAUGCAUCCUACGGGCAGUGCUCACUGAAGCUGCUACCAGUUUCCUGAAUAACGUCGAACAUUUCAUUAACUUAUACAGGAUUCUCGUCACUGGGUAAUAUUGUUGCUUUGUGGAUAAUUUAUUAUUUGCACAUCAAACGAGAAUUUUAGCCUGGCUUAUUUAUAUCCCACUCUAUGACUGAAAACUGUUAGAUUGUUCGGGAGUCAGCAUUCAUGAAGGCGCAACUGAGAAUAUUCAAACUACAUAUCUGAGCUAUACCUGCAACCUCAAGAAACACAAAAUGUAUGCAUUUUUCAUUCUAUGUAAUGUCUUACUGCCAAGUUUUACCUAAAAUAAACAA